AUGAUCUCGCCUCCUUCUCGCGCGAUCCUGCGCAACAUUCCCGCUACUCGCAAUGUUAUUGCCGCGCAGCAGGCCCGCUUCCGCUCGACAAAUUCGUCCUCGUCAAAGGCGGGACAGCAGAAGCUCUCAACCUCGGCUUCGUCGGCCAAGGCCAAGCCCUUCGUCGAGUAUGCCGGUCAGAGCCCUGAGGCCAAGGCCCGCGUCCACGAGCAGGUGAGGAGGCUGCAGUCUAGCGCGGCUACCUUCGGUGCGGCUGCUGUCCGCCCCGCCCCAGCUCCGCAUUUCCAGGCCCCGCCCAACCAGAAUACGCCUGACUCGCCGUAUGCCCAGCACAAGGGCGACCCGAACGUCAAGGACGGCUUCGACCACACGUUUGUCGGCAUGUCUGGAGGACAGAUUUUCCAGGAGAUGAUGCUCCGCCACGACGUCAAGCAGGUCUUCGGAUAUCCCGGUGGCGCUAUUCUUCCGGUCUUUGACGCCAUCUACAACUCGCCCCACUUUGACUUUGUCCUCCCUCGCCAUGAGCAAGGCGCCGGCCACAUGGCCGAGGGCUACGCCCGCAUCACCGGCAAGCCCGGUGUCGUCCUCGUCACUUCUGGACCGGGCGCGACCAACGUCAUCACCCCGAUGCAGGACGCGCUCUCGGACGGUAUCCCCAUGGUCGUCUUCUGCGGCCAGGUCGCGACUAACCUCAUCGGCUCGGACUCGUUCCAGGAAGCCGAUGUUGUUGGUAUCUCGCGCUCGUGCACCAAGUGGAACGUCAUGGUCAAGGACAUUGCCGAGCUCCCCCGCCGCAUCAACGAGGCUUUCAAGAUUGCCACCACCGGCCGCCCCGGCCCCGUCCUCGUGGACCUGCCCAAGGACGUGACCGCCGCCAUCCUCCGCACCCCCAUCCCGGCCAAGUCGGUUCAGCCCGGCCAGUCGCCAUAUCUCCCCACCAACCCGCUCAACCCCGGAUGGGCUCAGGCCCAGGCUCCCGGAGAGUCGGAGCAGAUCACUGCCGCCGCGGAGAUGAUCAACCGCGCCAAGCGCCCCAUCAUCUACGCUGGUAAUGGUGUCCUGUCCUCGCCUGAGGGCCCCAAGCUCCUCAAGCAGCUCUCUGACAUUGGCAACAUCCCCGUCACCACCACCCUCCAGGGUCUUGGUGCCUUCGACGAGCGCUCCGACAAGUCGCUCCACAUGCUCGGCAUGCACGGCUCGGCCUACGCUAACUUUGCCAUGCAGGAGGCUGACGUAAUUAUCGCCCUCGGCGCCCGUUUCGACGACCGUGUCACCGGCAAGGUCGACACCUUUGGUCCCGCUGCCAAGCAGGCCGCUCUCGAGGGCACUGGUGGUAUCAUCCACUUCGAGAUCCAGCCCAAGAACGUCAACAAGAUUGUCGAGGCCCAGAUCCCCGUCCUCGGCGAUGUCGUCGCCUCCCUCGCUGAGCUCGUUCCCCAGAUCAAGCCUGUUGACCGCUCCGGGUGGGUCGGCCGCUGCAAGGCCAACAAGGAGAAGUACCCCUUCGUCUUCACCCCCUCCAAGGAGGGUGAGCGCCUCAAGCCGCAGGAGGUUAUCCGCGCUCUUGACAAGCAGGCCGAGAUCAUCGGCAAGGACAAGGUCAUCGUCGCUACUGGUGUCGGCCAGCACCAGAUGUGGGCCGCGCAGCACUACCGCUGGUCCGAGCCUCGCACCUGGGUCUCGUCUGGUGGUCUCGGCACCAUGGGCUUCGGCGUCCCAGCCGCCAUUGGCGCCAAGGUUGCCGCUCCCGAGAAGGUCGUUGUCGACGUUGACGGCGACGCCUCAUUCUCCAUGACCGCCAUGGAGCUCCAGACCGCCAACCAGUACAACAUCGGUGUCAAGGUCCUACUCCUCAACAACGAGUUCCAGGGCAUGGUCGAGCAGUGGCAGGACCUGUUCUACGAGUCGCGCUUCUCGCACACGCGCAUGGUCAACCCCGAUUUCCAGGCGCUCGCAAACUCGAUGGGCACCAAGGCCCUCCGCUGCACCAAGCAGGAGGACCUCGAGCCCAUGAUGAAGGAGUUCAUGGAGUACGACAACUCGCGUCCCAUCCUCCUCGAGUGCGUCGUCUCGUCCGAGCACGUCUACCCCAUGGUCCCAGCCGGCAAGGCGCUGCACGAGCAGAUCCUCCACCCUAUUCUCCAGAAGAAGAACAACGCAUAG